AUGCAUGACUAUUCCUUUUUCUACAAAAAGACUGGUAGUUCAUCUGUCUUUGUAGCCAUAUAUGUGGAUGAUGUUUUAAUUACUGGUACUGACAGAACUGAGAUCACUAACUUGAAGCAGUUUCUCCAUGACCAAUUCAAGAUUAAAGUCUUGUGGAGGUUACACUACUUCUCGGGUCUAGAGGUGCUUUAUAAAGAAGAUGGAGUGGUCAUUCCCCAAAGAAAGUUUCUUCUUGACUUGCUCAAGGAAUUUGAUUGUCAUCAGUAUAGCAGUAGUUCACCCCUUGAUCCUAAUGUGAAGUUAAAGGAACGUUGCAAUGCACAUGCUGAGAUACUUGAAGAAGGAUCCCACUUUAGGCAUUUUCUUCUCCAACAACCUGAUUAUAACAUCGGGGCAUAUUGUGACUCAAACUGGGCUGCUUGCCUUGAUUCCAGGAGGUCUGUAUCAGGCUACAUUGUGCUCCUUGGUGAUAGCCCUGUUAGUUGGAAAUCCAAGAAGCAGGAGACUAUAUCGCUUUCUUCUGCUUAG